AUUACAUAUUUUGAACUACUUCCCGUUUGUCACAUUCACGGCAAUGGAUUCCAUAAUCGCAGAUAGUUUCACUGCCAGCGGCGGUCCUACGUACAGAAAACAUUUCAUUCCACUUGAGUCUAAUCCCGAUGUUUUUAAUAACCUGAUUAGUCUCCUAGGCGCCUCUCAAUCUCUUGUUUUUGAAGACGUCUUAUCCCUUGACGAGCCAGACCUCCUUCCACACCCUGCCGUUGCAUUGAUCUUGGUGUUUCCAACAACUAGUAACUAUGAAGCUAGGAAGGUCGCCGAAGACGCAGCGCGCGGGGAAUACAACAGCAGCGAGGAUCACGAAGAUGUCCUAUGGUUCAAGCAGACUAUUAACAAUGCCUGUGGGCUCUAUGGAAUACUUCACGCGUUGGCAAACGGAGAAGCGCGGGGUGUGAUUGAAACGGGCUCUCUCCUUGGUCACAUCUUCAAGUCCUGCUCCUCAUUGCCGUUGUCCGAACGUUCUCUUUUUUUAGAAAACUCCGAAGAACUAGAAAAGGUAUAUAAGGAGGUGGCGGUGCAAGGCAGCUCAGAAGCCCCAGAUAAUCCGGAAGACGAGGUUGAUUACCACUACGUGUGCUUCGUCAAGUCUCACAGAAGUGGUCGAUUAUACGAACUGGAUGGCGAUCGGACUGGCCCGAUAGAUAGGGGACAGGUUCUUGGCCCUCAGGAUGAUGUGCUCGCUCCAGGUGGAUUGAACGUAAUUCGAGAGUAUAUCGAACAUGAGCGAGGAAACUCGAAUUUCGGUCUUAUGGCAUUGGUAAGGCGAGGGGGAAGUAACUCUGUCCUACAGACGGAGCCUCUCAAAUAGGAAUUGAACGAAUACCGGAUGGCCUCCACCCUCUUCAGCUAACUGGGCCGCAGAUUUACCGUUGCCCGUGACUGCUGUCCAGUUUAAAGGUGAAACAGCGUAUGUCGAGAGAAUCGUCACGGCUUGGUGAGAGUUCCAGGAUGCCGCUAUAUGUAGUGGUGUCCACCCCUCCUGGUCAACGCCGUUGACAUCAGCCCCCGCCAGCAGGAGUGCCUCAACAAUUUUCAUAAAAUUUCCAUCCAACCGACCAU